GACCCUAACGUAACCGGACAGGAAAAGCCGCCGCCGCCGCCGCCGCGCUGACUCCGUUGUUGCUGCUGCUGCUGGGCGCGGAGACGGCGGCGGCCCGAGCGACACCAGGCGCCUCGGCGGCCCGCGCCCCUCAGAGUGGAAAAAAAUGGAUUUGGCCAACCAUGGACUUAUUCUGCUGCAGCAGCUAAACGCUCAGAGAGAGUUUGGUUUCCUGUGUGACUGCACAGUGGCCAUUGGUGAUGUCUACUUCAAGGCACACAAAUCAGUCCUUGCCUCUUUCUCCAACUACUUCAAGAUGCUGUUUGUUCAUCAGACCAGUGAAUGUGUCCGCUUGAAAGCGACUGACAUACAGCCAGAUAUCUUCAGUUAUCUCUUGCAUUUGAUGUACACGGGGAAGAUGGCACCGCAACUUAUUGACCCAGUUCGACUAGAACAGGGAAUAAAGUUUCUGCAUGCAUAUCCACUAAUUCAAGAGGCCAGCCUUGCAAGUCAGGGAACUUUUUCUCACCCGGAUCAAGUUUUUCCAUUAGCAUCUUCAUUAUAUGGCAUUCAGAUUGCAGAUCACCAGAUAAGACAUCCCACUAAGGUUUCAUCAGCGACUGACAAACUCGGGCGAGAACCAAGGCCACAGACGUCGCGAAUGAACCAGGAGCAGGUUUCCGAAGGCUCGCAGCUCUCGCAGUUAGCUACAAAUCUGCCACAAGUGAGCCGGACGAAUAUGUCUGCUUCCGACCCAUUGCCAUCUUCUUUAUCUCCAGAAUUGGUGUCUGCUGCUGGUAAUAAUUCACCUUCAGGUGAAGAGGCCAACAUGGAAGCAUCUUCUUCAGAUGAGCAACCUGCCUCACUCACAAUAGCACAUGUCAAACCAAGCAUUAUGAAAAGGAACGGAAGCUUCCCGAAAUACUAUGCCUGCCAUCUCUGUGGUCGCCGGUUUAAUCUGCGAAGUAGUCUGCGUGAGCACCUGCAGAUUCACACUGGAGUUCCCUUCACGUCUAACCAGCAGGGAGAAAGUAAUAUGUCUUUGUCUCUCUGUAAUAACACAGGUGAUAAAGAUGCUGUGGAAGUGCCUGAAGCAGGGAUGAUCAGUGACAGCGAGCUGCAGCAGAUCUCAGACUCCCCAAUAAUUGAUGGGCAGCAGCAGUCAGAGACACCGCCCCCCUCUGAUAUUGCAGACAUAGACAACUUGGAGCAGGCAGAUCAAGAGAGGGAAGUAAAAAGGCGGAAAUACGAAUGUUCCAUUUGUGGUCGCAAAUUUAUUCAGAAAAGCCACUGGAGGGAGCACAUGUACAUACACACUGGCAAGCCCUUCAAAUGCAGCACUUGUGACAAAAGCUUUUGUAGGGCUAACCAGGCUGCCAGACACGUGUGCCUAAACCAGAGCAUGGACACGUACACCAUGGUGGACAAACAGACUCUGGAACUCUGUACUUUUGAGGAAGGCAGUCAAAUGGACAACAUGCUAGUACAGACCAACAAGCCCUACAAAUGUAACUUGUGUGACAAAACGUUUUCCACUCCCAAUGAAGUAGUCAAACAUUCGUGCCAAAAUCAAAACUCUGUCUUUACACUAGAAGAAGAUCGCUCCAUUCUGCUAGGUGGUGGGGACACAGAAGCUACAGAGACUGAUAAUGCAGUGUUAGCCUCCAUCAAAAAAGAGCAGGAAGCAGUGUUGUUAGACUGAAUGUGAAACCUGUAUCAAUUUUUUAAAGUUUCUUAUUUUUUAUUAAAUCAAUCGUUUCCUCCCUCCACCUCUUACCUCACAUACCCCUGCCAUCUUUUCCACCAGCCUCCUUCCCACCCUUUGUCUUCAGCAACGAGAACUGUACUGGCACGUUAGGAAAUUGGACUUGCCUCUCCCACCAAAACACAAAAAAAGUUAUUGCAUCAAACCACAACAUAAUUGAUUUUAAUACAAAGGAAUGUGUGAAAAAAUAAUCCAGCUAACUAUGCUGAUAGUAUUAGUUAAUCCAAAUUUAAUAGAUUUUAAACAAAAUUUAGAGUGCUUAAAAGUGUAUUUAGAUACAAUGACAAGCAUAAUGAGAAAUGAGUAUCAGUUUGGUAAACAAAGAAAAAUAUAUAUUUAUAUUAGUUUCCCUGGUAAAAGGCAUUUUGAGAAGAUCUGGCAGAUUAAAACACCAUGCUUUUUAGAAGACCAUCUGCAAGUUGGUUACGGUUAUAACUUAAAACCUUCAGAACUUUUCUCAGUGAAUGUAAAAAUCUCUGUUCAUUGAGUCAGUAAGAGCUGAGGGUGUCGGGUUUCUAUUAGACAUAUGUUUUCCUUCAAGUAUGCCUUUGGGUAUCUGUUUCACAUAGCAUCAUUGAGUCAAGCAAAGUACUUACUUGGUCAAAUUUUGACUUAAGUAGCUAUAAUAAUAAUGUGAUGGAAAUCUUUAUAUAUAUAUAUAAAAAUACUGUAUAUGUAUAAAGAUUUUUAUAUAUAUAUAUAAAGUGUUUGUGUGUAUAUUGGGUACAGGCAAAUACACAUGUCCUUUUUAAGUAACUGGCCGUCUACUCUGAGAUUCAGCCCAGAAUGUCUUUUAGUUGUUUGUCAAAACUAGUCAUGGCACGGUUAUUUUUAAUCAAAUGUAAAGCAUUCCAAGCUGUGUGCAUUUUUAUUGGCCUGUUGAGGAGAAGCUAAUAGGUAAUUGAGGUCAUCCAAGCUACAAAGGAAACUGGAGAAUUCCAUACUGGUAAGCAUAGUGCCGUUGUUAGUGCAGCACAGGUAUGGGUUGUUAGCUGUAGGUUUCAGUCAUUCUGGAUGGAAGGAGAGAGACAAGCUUUUUACCCAGGCAAGAAAUGUCCACAAUUUCAUUUGGUUUAAUGGCAUGAGUUAAGAGGAAAAAAUGGUGCAGAGACAUUGUAGUAAUAGGGGAUCAUGGUUGUUUUAAAGUGAAUCUGUAGUGCUGGCAAAUUUUGCUUUGUGAGCAUCCCAUUAUUUUCAAAGCCAAGACAAAGUCUGCAAAACCUGAAAGGGUGAAUUCUGUAGUUUUAGUUACUGCUGAUGGUAGCACUGCAUCUUUGUGUUCAAAAUCAAGUUGUUGAUUCUUAUUAUUUUAUAUAGAUGCCCAGACUUCUUGCUGGUAGUCUAAAACCCUAAACUGACAGCAGCAGUGAAGCCCACAGAGCAAUUAUUGGGCCAACAGAAGGCAUAAGCAGACGGAAUAAGUGCCCCAUCAUAAACGGAGACGGUGUGUGGUUUUGGGGAGGGGUGGGAGGGCAAGUCACAAACUACAGCUCUUCUCUGCAUAUACAUUUAAACUGAGUAUCAUCUUUUUGUGUAUAGUUAAGUUCUCAGAUUUGUAAGUUUUUAUACAUCAUUUCAUUGAAUAAAAACUGAAUUAAAUGGGAUACGAUUUA